CAAAAAGAAUGUUAGGGUAUCCCACUAUGACGUCAUUUUUCUAACAUUUUUAUAUGGCCGCGCGAAUGCUAAGGCCAGUCACGUGACCCAUUAGCUUUUUGUGAGCGCUCUAUCCAGGUUUUGUAUAUAAGUGUUGUAUAUAAUAAGUGUGUAUGAUGAAUACAGCCUUGAGCACUUCGCGUGCCAACAGUAGGAAUAGCAAGGAUAAGUCAGCUAAAACUGCAACACAGGCACAUAACACAAUGAAAAUUGAUGGCCCCCCCAAAGUACAACCAACCCAGGAGCAAAUCCGUAUUGCUCAAAUGAUUGAAGACAGAACAGAAAAUGAAGAUCGUGCUAAUCGUAAGAUUGAAAAAAUUGAACAGGUAAUGGAAGCCUCUGGCAAAACCUAUGAUGAGGCUGCUGUGGCUUUACACGAUGCCGAAUUUGAUCCCGAGAAAGCCGUCAUCAUGCUGCUAGAAGGUGAAAACGACCAAGGUGAGUGGAAAGAGUCUGGAAAGAAAAAGAAACGCACCAAUACUGCUGCUGCCUCCACUCCUAAGUCAGAACCUGUCUCCAAUCAUAUUUCUGAAAACAGAUCAGAGAUUCGGGAACGUAGUAAAGAUUGUGAACAUCGCACAGCUGACAGAGCUGAGUUUGGACAUAGGCGUGCACGACGCACUGGACCUGUUGCACCAAGACAUGCACGUUCCAGAGGAAGAGACAGAAGUGACUUCCGAGAAAACAAAGAAAAUGAAGAUGAAAGUAAUGAAGAUGGUGGCAGAGAACGUAACUUUGGAAGAGGUCGAGGAAGAGGAGUAGGUCGGCGUGGACGUGGACCACGAAGUUUUCGAAAUCAGAGGUUUGAUAAAGGUCCACAAAUUGACACUUGGACCAAUGAGACUGCUGAAAAUGCUGAGAAGGAAAAUUCAACUUGGAAUGAUACCUUAUCUCCAGAGGAUUGGAAUGAUGACAGUUGGACCGGAAGUUCCAUGGGUGCAGCCAUUUUACCUCUGGAGCCCUUAAUGUGCAACUCACCAUUUUCGCUGGCUGAAUCCAAAGUUUUCAUUGCUUCGUCUGUGCAGAGUGUCCCACCUACUGAACCCUGUGCUGUAGCCCCGUCAGGUUCACCAGCCAUGAACGAUGCAACUAAUACCAGUCUCUCAAGAAAUAUAUUCAAAAAAAUCAAUGGGAGUGAGGAAGUUGAGAGGCAUCAAAAUCUAUUGGAUCUUGGUGCAUUACUUCAAAAAGCUCAAGACCCUGUAACAGAAGCUCAGUACAUUGCUCAGUACAACCAGCAAGCAACAGAAUCACUUAAAAAUACUAUAGGAAUUGGAACAUCAAGCAAUCAGACGUCUGGUCUACCCUCCUCUAUUGGUAACCAGUCUGUGAAUUCUAUGGUUUCUCUAUCAGGUCAGCAGUCUUCUGGUAGUCAUCUGGCUUCGUUGUCAGCUGCCAAUGCAACUGGUCAUCCAGCAACAUCUCAUUCAGUUUCAGGGAGUACAACUGUCACACAGUCAAACCAACAUACAAUACAACAACAGAGAGUUAAACCUCAACGGACUAAGCUACCACCACCAUCUAAGAUCCCAACUAGUGCUGUGGAGAUGCCCCAUCACUUGAUGCCUCAGUUGGAUGUCCAGUUUGGUAAUCUAGAAUUCCGAGCCGACAGUUCCCCAUUUAGCUUUACUGUUAGUGAUACAGCUGUAACUUGCAGCUUCACCACAGCUGUGACCAACAAUUCAAGUGGCAUUUCAAACCACAUGAGUUCCUCCAGCCAGCAAUCAGCAGACUCUGUGAUGACAUCAUCAAUGUUGUCAUCCAAUCCUUCCAGCAAGUCGAUCGGACAUCUAGAACAAUCAGCAGCUCGUGCUAAUAUGUUUCCCAACAGUUACCAAUCUCCUGCAAAGAAGGAGGUGACUGCAUCAGCAUUAGUUGGCCAGGCAAGUAAAAUUGCCACUCCAGAUCCUAUACCAUUUCCAUCAUCUCCAAAUGAACGGAAGUCUAGUCCACUAAUUGGUCCUGGUCCAAGAACUGGCCAGUCGCCUAGCUCCCUGAGUCAAAGUGCAGUCCCUGUUCAAAAAGCAGAAACAAACAGUCUAAACUCUUUCACGCCCCCUGGUAGUACAUAUCCUACCGCAAGUUACCAGAGCCACAAGCCAGCCAGUGUAACUUCUUCAUUAUCUUCCACUACUGUGUUUAGCCACCCCUCUAACAGUCUGUCUCAAUCAAAUUCAGCUCAUUAUCCAGCCCAGUAUCAAACACAGUACCCAAAUACUCCCCAAUACAACCAUCAGGGCUACCAAACUAGUUCUUCAUUCCAAUCACAAUCUAGUUACUCAUCAAACCAACCCAAUCAGAACUCUCUGUACCAAAGUUCUGCACAGACUAGUUCCUACCAGCCCCAAGGCAGUAACAGCAAUUCAACGACUGCAUACCACCCACGAGAAGCCCAAUCAACACCUGCUAAUUCGUAUCAGACAGUUGUCAGCCAGUCAUCAUAUCAGCGAAGUAACCAGGCUAAUCUGGCUGCCACAUCUCAACCUCCACCUGUUAUAUAUAGCAACCCUACAUAUGGAUCAGCUCACCCCAGUUCUCUCCAAACAUCACCGCUCACAGAUGCUAAACUUUCAGAAUCUCUUUCCAAAAUGACAGUUAAGGAUACCUCUCUAGAAAAUUCUCAGUCUUCAGCUCAGUAUGACCAUUCUGUAUCUGCAACGACAACUACAGUAAGUCUGACGACGACGACCAGCACAACCCCUUCGUUGACCAGCUCCACCACAUCAGGUUCUGUGAUGGCAGCAACUACAACAACGCCAUCUACAAAGGCUACUCCACAGCUACCAAACACUGGAAAAGCCCCACCUAACUUACCUCCUGGUGUUCCCCUUCUUAGCCAUCAAUACAUAAUGGGACAAGGUACAAUACCACCUUACUUUUCUCUUUCACAGAGCCUUCAGCAACCCCUGUAUACUACUAGCUAUGAUGAACUGCAAAUGAUUCAACAAAGAAUGCCAAUGGCUAGUAACUACUAUGACAUGGCAACUUUCCCAGUGCCCACCACAUUAACCAGCCGGGAUCAAGCUACUCUUGGUAGUGUUCCAGGUUACUCUGCUACUGACAACAAAUUGAGCCGAGUUGAAGCACAAUCUCCAAUUCCAACAACACAGCAACAAUCAAGUCAGUCAGCUCACCAGCAACCCUAUAUAAAUCUUCAUUACCCUUACUACUAUCCUUCCAUGUUGCCAGGAGCUGCAGGGUUUCAAUAUCACACAAUGUUUGCAAUGCCACCUGUAACAAACACUGCCCAUGGUGGAAAUACUGGUACUGCACAGUAUCAAAAGAAUUAUGGAUCUCAUGCAUACAAUACUGGUGGUAAAACAAGUGGUGUUGGUUCAGGAGCUGCAUCAACUGCUGACAUCCCAGGUUCUGGUUACGGAAAAUCUCAUGGACCAGCUUUUGAAAAACAAGGCUUUCAUACGGGGACUCCCCCCCCGUUCAGCCUGCCGCUAGCUACAGGAACCCAGGCAGGUCCAAUGGGUGCUCCCACCACUCCAUAUGGGACUCCAUUUGUACCCCUUGUGACCCAUCAGCCUCAUUCCCAGAUGCUGCACCACCCCCUGCAACAGGAUUCCAGUGGUGGCUCAAGCCGUGGUGCGCAGCAGGCUAGCACACAGCCAAAAUCUGGAGGUUCUAAAAAUUAUGCACCCACCUAUUGGAGUGCAUCCUAAGUUUACCUCACUUGUGUGAAUCCCACUUGCAGGGGUGUGACCUCUUCCAAAAGGUUGCUAUGGUGACCACCUUUUUCUCUCUUUCUCUCUUUCUGGGUUUGCUGCCAUUUGUCAGCUUGUUUGGUGGGCUCCCCUCCUCUUACCAAGACCUCUCUGCCUGUGUGAAAAUUCCUACCAUAGGGUUGGCUACACCUCUCAGCAAUAUGUUGAUGUAGCAAUACCACCUACCAUUAACUAGUUUCAUAGUCUUUUAGCAGCUCUGUGUACAGUUUUGGCUAUUCCUUUUGUUUAUGUAUGUAUGUAUAUAUGUGUGUGUGUGUGUGUGUAUAUAUAUAUAUAUUUGUGUGUGUAUGUGUAUUUAUAUAUA